AUGACAUACUUUGGAGUUGAUUUAAAUGAAAUAUAUCGAUGUAAUACUUUAGUUGUACCAGCUGCUACUGCACAUAGAAUAAGAACAAAUAUUACAAUCAUCUCUCCUCUCUAUCUAUCUUGUCGUGUCUAUCUUUUCUUCUUUCUUCUUCUUCUUUCUUGUUUUAGAUACCGCGAAUCAAUUGAUUCUCUUUUCAAGUACUUUGGUACUACCCUCUUUCUUUACUUUCUUUUCGUCUCGAAUAAUAAUAAUAAUAAUAAUGCUGCAAGUAAAUUAUAA